AUGUCGAAACUGUGCCAGAAAGGACAGGAUGAGGGAUCCUUCGCCAGCCCUACUACUGGAGCACUGGAUAUCAUUCAACGGCUUGAAUCUCGAAUCGAGCAACUUGAAACGGAACUGGAAGAAACCAGGGCCAGGGAAAUUCAGCAGCCAACACCGACGGUCAGGUCAGCUUCUACACCCGGAUUACCAACGACACCUUCACCCAGAGCAGUGCAAAGCUCUACCCUUGAUACGGAAGAAUCAGUAGGAGAGGUGGAAGACGCAGCAACAAUCCUCGAGUUUCUAGCAUGGGGACGUCGCAAAGACCCAACGUACCAGGACGCGAUCAUCCAAAACAGUAAGCCGGGUAACUCACCAGGGGAUGUGACAGUCGAAGAUGAAAUUGACUACACACGUUCCCCUGGAUACAUGCCUUCAUCAAUAUGCCAAAUGCUUCUACCGACCCAGCCAAAAGUCUACCAAUUGGUUGAAUAUCAUAUGGAUUGUCUACUCUGGUACCACGGCGCAUUGCACGCCACAACAUUCAUGCAAGAACUCGACGAGUUCUACAACGAGCAUAACGGACAGAUCGAUGCACCGGGUGUAGAUUUACAAUGGGUAGCUCUACUAUUCACCAUCCUCACAGGGUCAAUGACCUGCGCGCCCCGUAGCGUCGCCCAAUCCUGGGGAUUCCACAGCGAGGAACAAGAUACGCUAUCAAAGCGCUGGCUGAAAGCCACAACAACAUGCCUCCAACAGGCAGAAUACAUGGCGUACCACUCCAUCUAUUCCGUGCAGGCCAUUGCAACUCUCACAAUCUCCGCACAUAUGCUCGGAUACUCAAACGGAUUAUCAGUCCUGCUCGCCUCAGCCGUCCGCAUCGCCCAAGGACUCGGCCUCCACCAACUAGGAGAAGAAAAAGAAAGAAACCACAACACAGGCACAGACAAUCUAAUAAACUGCGAAAUCGGCCGACGAGUCUGGUGCCAACUCUGCAUCCAAGACUGGUUUUCAAUCCCCUUUACAGAAAGCUAUCUCCUCCACCAUCAAGGGUUCACAACACCCAAACCCCAAGACAGCGACGAUAACAUGAACCCCCUCCCAGACCACACUCCAACAGUAACUAGCUAUUCCCGUCUCUUCUACGAUAUCGCCGCCCUAAUGCCAAACCUCCAAGACGCCAUCUCGGCCUCUAAUACACCCUACACAAAAUACGAACAAGUCCUCAAAUACGAUCGCAAGUUGCGGACCCUCGCGACGAAACAUUUACCCUAUUUUCUCCAGAAUGUUCCCCUGGACCCGAAUUGGCCAUGUUAUGCCCCGUGGGCACGGCGCAGUCUGGCUAUUAGUUCUGCACACAAGAUUAUCAUGAUCCAUCGGAAAUUCCUCAGUGCUAGCUUUUCGAAUCCCUUGUUUGUGUUUACGCGGAAGACAUGCGUCGCGGCUUCGAGGACUAUUAUUAAGGAGCAGAUGGAGGCUGUCAGGGAUGGGGGGCCUGUACUUUGGAUCCAUCAAGCUUUUAGUGUUACGGCUAGUAUCAUCUUAUGUCUAGAUCUUUUUCAUCAGACUGGACCCGAGCGCGAGUCUUCGGAACAUAGACGGCUUAUUGAUGGCGGAAUUGAGAUAUUGUCUCAGUGUCAGUCGGAUAUGAUUGCGAAACGGGGUGUUUCUUUGUUAAAAGCCAUGCUUGCUGAUGAGCAGUGCAAGACAUCUGAACGAAGGCUUAUUGUGGGAGUGCAUGGACGAAGAGAUGUCUGCCUCGACAUGUCUGGCACGCAACGGUGCAAUUAUUUGAAUAUCCCGGCUAUCAUUCGGACUUUUUACCAGCAAGAUCAUGCCGCGCUGAUUGGGAAAUCACGGCGUUCAUCGGAGAUGUCUGAAGUUGCACGAUGGCCUGAGUUGAUAAGGGAUGAAUCUGUGCCUACGCCUAGCGUUGAUAUCUUCGCAUCUCUUGGGUUGGACUGCGUCGGGGGAUUGGAUGAAAUACUGAAUAUGGCAGCGGACUAUAUGAAUUGA